AGGGGCCACUAUUUACGCUCUACCCCCUCAGAUACAGGGGUUUGUUUUAACAUCGACUGGAAUAAACAAAGGGUGACUGUGCACGAUUACUCAGCCUAUAUCAGAACCAAACGCAUCUCAGGACUGCCUUUAUAAGAGCACAGUGGAUGGAGAGAAGAAGACAUUUUCACAAGAUGUCUCUUGCUGGUUUUUGGAUCAUGCUGCUGGGUUGUUUAGCCCUGUGUCAUGCAGCACCUACCAUCGCUCCGACAGUUUCACCAGAGGAGCAAGACCUGGCGGAGGCAUACCUGUCCAGCUUCUAUGGAGAUGUUGGGAUGACAAACUCUUCAGUGCGAAGACUUGCUAAGAGCUCCUUCAACCUGGAUCUACAGGCCAUGCAGGCUUUCUUUGGCCUGGAGGUAACUGGUGUCUUGAAUAACGAGACUGUGGAGGUGAUGAAGGCACCCAGGUGUGGUGUGUCAGACAUCAGCCGAUAUGCACACUUUCAUGGGAGACCCAAAUGGCGCAAAACCCUGAUUACAUACAGGAUCACUCAGUACACUCCAGAUCUGACCCAGAGUCAGGUGGAUACAGCCAUUGGCCAGGCCUUCCAGCUCUACAGCGAUGUCACCCCUCUGAACUUUAAACAGAUCUACAGCGGUACCGCUGACAUCAUGAUCCUCUUUAAAGGCGGAUCUCAUGGGGACUUUUACCCUUUUGAUGGGCGUGGCGGAGUCUUGGCUCAUGCUAACUCUCCUGGACAGGGGCAGGGAGGGGACACACACUUUGAUGAAGAUGAAACCUGGACUCUUACCCAGAGAGGUGUGAAUCUGCUGCUGGUGGCGGCCCACGAGUUUGGCCAUGCACUGGGCCUGGAUCACUCCAGGGACAGAAGUGCACUGAUGUACCCUACUUAUCAAUAUGUCAACACAAACGGGUACAAGCUGCCAGAUGAUGACAGGCGUGGGGUUCAAGCCCUUUACGGCAGCCGUACACCAGUGCCCACAGCAGCACCAACUCCUACCCCAGAUCCUGAUCCAGAGGACCCAACAGAUAAACCAGAUCCUUUGCCCAACCCCAGAGACGAGCAGUGCAACCACGAUCUGGUGUUUGACGCUGCUACCUCCAUUAGGAGAGACCUGUACUUCUUCAAAAACGGAUACUAUUGGAGGAAGAAUGCCAGGGGAAUACGUUUAACUAAAGUGAGCACAAUAUGGCCACAAAUCAACAUUGUGGACGCUGCCUUUGAAGUCCCCAGGGAGCGCACGGUGUAUCUUUUUGAAGGUCGUCAAUACUGGGGCAUAAGCUCUUACACAAAGAGAAUGAUGUCAGGUUAUCCAAAGUCCAUCACUAGUCUCGGCCUCCCCUCCUCUGUCAGUAAGGUGGAUGCAGCAGUUUAUGUUGCAUUUACUGGAAAAACCCUUAUUUUUGUCAACAACCAGUAUUGGAGCUAUGAUGAGUCCAGAAGCCGAAUGGACUCUGGAUACCCACAAUUCAUCACUCAGGAUUUCCCGGGCAUAGGCUCCAAAGUAGAUGCAGCUUUUGAGAAUUAUGGAUAUCUGUAUUUCUCAGACGGCUCCAGACAGACUGAGUACUAUCUGCAGUACAAGAGAGUGAAUCGUGUACUGCUCAACUACGGCUGGCUCGACUGUUACUGAGAACCCACAGAGGCAACAACUCAGAUGUCUGUGUUGAAGAUGUAAAUGCAGUUAAAAUAAGGAAAAAAAAUAAACAUGUGAAUAACGGUAUUACAUAUCUUUAUGGUGUGGUGAACAGUUCACAGAGAAAGUCAAUCUACUG